AUGGCUGCGUCACCUCAAUUCCAUUGGGAUGCCCCGGACAUUAAGAGAAAGUGGGUUUUUUAAAUUCAAUUUUUUCACUUUUUGCUUCAAAUUUUACAAGUCUGAAAAAUUUAAUUUUUUUAUUCGUCAGCGUCACGAUAAUUCAGAUAUGAUCACUUCAUGAAGUUUGGAGCAGCGACGGCGACCGAAAUGACCGGCAAGAAUUUUGACAAAUGGCUCAAAGACGCAGGAGUACUUGACGGCAAAAAUAUCACCACUACAAUGACCGGCAUCGCUUUCAGCAAGAUUGCGGGGUACGAAAUUUCUCACAGAUGUUCCAAAAUUUAUGCGGGUGCAAAAACUGUAGCAAUUAGUGAGAAUUGAAAAAGUUUUCUGCAAAGGAUAAUGACAUUCCAAUUUGCACUUUUGAUUACUGCAUCUCUUUGAAAACGAAAAACCAAACUAACUUUUUAAAAAUUCGACAUUUUCAGAGCCAAAAAAAAGACAAACUUCGAAGAAACCAAAAAGGUUAUCAUUGGUGUGGCUGAGGACCGAGCAAGGCAAAGCAAGCGAAGUGUUCAGGUAUUAUGCGACUGGGUUUAUUUUAUUUUCCAAUUGACUUUCAGGAAGAGCUGGACGAUAUCACAGAAAAAUUGUCAAAACUUGAUACUCCGACCAUAAACAACGUCAUCAAGCCUGAAGCACAAGGCGUCUAUAGUCGCUUGACCGAUCCGAAGAAAUACACCGGAGCUUCGAAAGAACGCUUUGAUGACGAUGGAAAGGGUAAAAUAGGAAAAUUAUGAUUUUCACUUUUUUUUAAUUUUGAAGGGAAGGGAAAAGCCGGCCGCGAAGACGUUGAUGAAAAAACAGGAUACGUUGCCGCCUACAAGAACAAAGAUACCUACGACAAAACACACGGAAACUAA